GACCACAACCACACAUUCACACUCUCUCUUUCUUCCUUAGCUUGGCAAUUCUCGUCUCUCUCGCCAUGGCUGGCACUGGAGUUUUUGCAGAGAUUUUGGAUGAAGAUUCUGUGUACAAGUACUACUCUGAUGGAGAAUGGAAGAAGUGUUCUUCUGGGAAAGCUGUUGCCAUUAUCAAUCCCACAACAAGAAAGACUCAGUACAAAGUUCAGGCUUGCAGCCAAGCAGAGGUUAACAAGGUGAUGGAAUCAGCCAAAAGUGCACAGAAAGCUUGGGCUAGAACUCCACUUUGGAAGAGAGCAGAGCUUCUUCACAAGGCUGCUGCUAUUCUGAAAGAGCAUAAGGCUCCAAUUGCAGAGUGCCUGGUGAAAGAAAUUGCAAAACCUGCCAAAGAUGCAGUCUCUGAGGUUGUGAGGUCUGGGGAUCUUGUUUCAUACACUGCUGAAGAGGGAGUGAGGAUUCUAGGAGAAGGCAAGUUCUUGGUCUCUGAUAGUUUUCCUGGAAAUGAGAGGACAAAAUAUUGUCUCACUUCUAAGAUCCCUCUAGGAGUGAUAUUAGCCAUUCCACCAUUUAACUAUCCUGUCAACUUAGCUGUCUCAAAGAUAGCUCCUGCAUUGAUUGCUGGAAACUCCCUUGUCCUCAAGCCUCCAACUCAGGGAGCUGUCUCUUGCCUGCAUAUGGUACAAUGCUUUCACUUGGCUGGCUUUCCCAAAGGCCUAAUCAGCUGUGUCACCGGAAAAGGCUCCGAGAUAGGUGACUUCCUUACUAUGCAUCCUGGGGUCAACUGCAUAAGCUUCACUGGUGGAGACACUGGUAUAGCGAUCUCGAAGAAAGCAGGAAUGCUCCCUCUUCAGAUGGAAUUAGGAGGAAAAGAUGCAUGCAUUGUCCUGGAAGAUGCUGAUCUUGAUUUGGUUGCAGCAAACAUUAUCAAAGGAGGCUUUUCAUACAGUGGACAAAGAUGUACUGCAAUUAAGGUUGUCCUGGUGAUGGAGUCUGUGGCUGAUGCUCUUGUAGAGAAGGUGAAAGCUAGAGUUGCAAAACUGAGAGUUGGGCCUCCAGAGGAUGAUUGUGACAUCACUCCAGUGGUUACAGAAUCAUCUGCCAAUUUCAUUGAAGGACUUGUUAUGGAUGCUAAAGAGAAAGGAGCAACAUUUUGCCAGGAGUACAAGAGAGAAGGCAAUCUCAUCUGGCCUUUGUUGUUAGAUAAUGUGAGGCCUGAUAUGAGAAUUGCAUGGGAAGAGCCGUUUGGGCCUGUUCUUCCAGUUAUAAGGAUCAAUUCUGUUGAAGAAGGAAUCCACCAUUGCAAUGCUAGCAAUUUCGGACUCCAGGGUUGUGUGUUCACAAAGGACAUCAACAAAGCUGUGUUGAUCAGUGAUGCAAUGGAAACAGGAACUGUUCAAAUCAACUCUGCACCUGCUCGUGGACCGGAUCAUUUUCCUUUCCAGGGUUUGAAGGAUAGUGGAAUUGGAUCACAAGGCAUCACCAACAGCAUUAACAUGAUGACCAAAGUUAAGACCACUGUUAUCAAUUUACCAAGCCCUUCUUACACUAUGGGUUAGAAUCAUCUAUUAGAAUUAGAGAAUCAAUAAUUACAAGUAUCUUGAGCUGAUUAUUAGUAAGAUAUGAAGACAAAAAUUUUGUGUUUAAACUUUUAUUAUGCAUUUUCUUCAUUUACCAGUAGUUUCAGUGUAAUAAAUUAAUCAAGUUUAUAAUAAACUACGUAAUUAUGUCCCAGCAAA